UUGUCUCCACCAAGAUGGCUGCUGCUGUUGUUUGGGAUGAACAAGGAGCUUGAGCUGACAUACGACAGAAAUCCAAAAAGACCCUCCGACAUCUUCGUCGCUACCGCGCAGAACAGCCAAGAAGACCGACUGGACCCAAACCAAACGACGUGAUUCUCCCGGGGGCGUAUUGAGGAAGGGCCACCAUGGACACCACCACGUCCAUCAAGAUGACCACUCUGGCCAUCCAGAAGCUGUUCGGCUACGUGGAGGAGGAGAAUGUGACGGCGCUGCGAGACCAUCUGGACCGCUUCAAGGAAGUGGACGGACGCAGCGACAACGGACAGACGCCGCUGAUGCUGGCCGCCGAGCAGGGGAGCCUGGACAUCGUGCAGGAGCUCAUCCGGCGGGGAGCCAACGUCAACCUGGACGACGUGGACUGCUGGUCGGCGCUGAUCUCGGCCGCCAAAGAAGGUCACGUGGAGGUGGUCAAGGAGCUGCUGGAGAACAGCGCCUACAUCGAGCAUCGCGACGUGGGAGGAUGGACGGCGCUUAUGUGGGCCUCCUACAAAGGUCGCGUGGAGGUCACCAAGGUGCUGCUCGAGCACGGUGCCAACCCCAACACCACCGGACAGCAGUACAGCGUGUACCCCAUCAUAUGGGCGUCCGGGCGAGGACACGCGGACGUUGUCAAACUCUUGUUGGACAGCGGCGCCAAAGUCAACUGUUCCGAUAAGUACGGAACCACCUCUCUGAUCUGGGCAUCGAGGAAAGGCCAUUUCGAGUGUGUCAUGCACCUGCUGGAGAAUGGCGCCGACGUUGACCAGGACGGGGCGAACUCCAUGACGGCGCUGAUCGUGGCUGUGAAGGGCGGCUUCACGGAUGUGGUGAAGGAGCUCCUCAAGAGGAACCCCAACGUCAACAUGACGGACAAAGAUGGCAACACGGCGCUGAUGAUCGCAGCCAAAGAAGGCUACACAGAGAUUGUGCAGGACCUCCUGGACGCCGGCACCUACGUCAACAUUCCCGACCGGAGCGGCGACACGGUUCUGAUCGGGGCGGUGAGGGGGGGUCACGUGGAAAUCGUCAGAGCUCUGCUGCACAAAUACGCCGACAUCGAUAUUAGAGGACAGGAGAGUAAGACUGCGUUGUACUGGGCAGUAGAGAAAGGCAAUGCCUCCAUGGUGCGCGAUAUCCUGCAGUGCAACCCCGACACGGAGACUUGCACCAAGGACGGCGAGACGCCGCUGAUCAAAGCCACCAAGAUGAGGAGCAUCGAGAUCGUCGAGCUGCUGCUAGACAAAGGGGCCAAGGUGUCGGCCGUCGACAAGAAAGGAGACACGCCCCUCCACAUCGCCAUCCGAGGACGCAGCCGCCGAUUGGCGGAACUCCUCCUGAGGAACCCCAAAGACGGCCGCCUGCUCUACCGUCCCAACAAGGCGGGCGAGACGCCAUACAACAUCGACUGCAGCCACCAGAAGAGCAUCCUCACGCAAAUCUUUGGCGCCCGUCACCUGUCGCCCACCGAGUCAGACGGCGACAUGCUGGGCUACGACCUGUACAGCUCGGCUCUCGCCGACAUCCUCAGCGAGCCCACCAUGGAGCCGCCCAUCUGCGUGGGUCUCUACGCACAGUGGGGCAGCGGAAAGUCCUUCCUGCUCAAGAAGCUUGAGGACGAGAUGAAGACGUUCGCGGGCCAGCAGAUGGAGCCGCUGUUGGGUUUGUCGUGGCUGGCGGCCGUCCUUUCUCUGUUGGUUUGCGGCGCCGUGGCGCUGGUGCUGGGCUUCACCUUGGACCCCAAGUUGGCCGUGGCCGUCUCGCUCAGCCUGCUGGCGCUGCUCUACGUCUUCUUCGUGGUGGUGUACUUUGGGGGCCGGCGUGAGGGGGACAACUGGAACUGGGCGUGGCUCCUCAGCAACCGCCUGGCCCGCCAUGUCGGAUACAUGGAGCUUCUCCUCAAGUUGAUGUUUGUUAACCCACCGGAGCUCCCGGAGCAAAGCACCCGAGCGCUACCUGUCAGGUUUCUGUUCACCGAUUAUAAUCGACUGUCAAGCGUCGGCGGCGAGACGUCUAUGGCCGAAAUGAUUGCUACGCUGUCAGACGCCUGUGAGAGGGAGUUUGGAUUCCUCGCAACUCGCCUCUUCAGGGUCUUCAAAACUGACGAGACACAAGGAAAAAGCAAGUGGAAGAAGACCUGCUGCGUGCCGUCGUUUGUGCUGUGCGCGCUGGUGACGGCGUGCUUGGUGAGCGGCAUGGCGCUGAUGGCCGUCUUCCGAGUGGGUGGCGACAACCACACGGUCAACGGCGUCCUGAUAGCGCUGGGCAGCGUGGUGGGCGUGGCUCUCCUGCUUAACUGCCGCACGUGGUGGCGAGUCUCCGACUCUGUGCUGAACUCGCAGAGGAAGCGGCUGCAUGGCGCCGCCAACAAGAUGCACAAGCUCAAAAGUGAAGGCUUCAUGAAGGUUCUGAAGACCGAGGUGGAGCUCAUGGCCAAGAUGGCAAAAACCAUCGAUGGUUUCACCCAGCAUCAGACUAGGUUGGCGGUGGUCAUCGACAGCUUGGACUCAUGUGAACAGGAUAAAGUUCUGCAGAUGCUCGACACGGUGAGAGUCCUGUUCUCCAAAGGUCCCUUCAUCUCCAUCUUCGCCAGCGACCCACACAUCAUCAUCAAGGCCAUCAACCAGAACCUCAACACCGUCCUGCGGGACUUUGUCAAUGGACACGACUACAUGAGGAACAUCGUCCACUUGCCUGUCUUCCUCAACAGCAGAGGCCUGUCCACUGCCAGGAAGAUGGGUGGUGCCGGCACCGGCACCACUGGCGUGCCCGCCAACGGGGACGCAGCCAACGCUGAGGGUGGAGGAUGGCAUGAGGAGCUGGACAGGAAGUUGUCGCAGCACAGCUUGGGAGAACUCACUAAGUUUGGCAGCAAGACCACCCUCAGCCGCCGGGACACGUACCGGCGGCGCCAAGUGCAGCGCUCGGUGACUCGCCAGAUGUCGUUUGACUUGUCCAAGCUGAUGGUGACUGAAGACUGGUUCACGGACAUCAGUCCCCAGAGCAUGAGGAGGCUCCUCAACAUCGUCUCCGUCACCGGCCGUCUGCUGAGAGCCAAUCAGAUCUCGUUCAACUGGGACCGUCUGGCCUCGUGGAUCAACCUGACGGAGCAGUGGCCCUACAGGACGUCCUGGCUCAUCCUCUUCCUGGAGGAGAGCGACGGCGUUCCCGACCAGGCCACCCUCAAGAACAUUUACGAGAGGGUGCUGAGAAACAUCCCGACCACCAAAGACGUGGAACCUCUGCUGGAAAUCGACGGGGACGUUCGCAGCUUUGAGGUGUUUCUGUCCUCGCGGACGCCCGUUCUCACCGCCAGGGACAUACGCACCUUCCUGCCCUGCACCGUCAACCUCGACCCCAAACUGCGAGAAAUCAUUGCUGAUGUGCGUGCGGCCCGUGAGCAGGUGAACCUGGGCGCCGUGGGUUACCCGACCGUGCAGGAGGUCCAGCCCCGGCCCACCUCCAUGUACAGUCAGGUGUCGUCGGCGUGCUCGCCGUCCGCCUCUUUCAGCGGACCCUUCAACCUGCCGGCGGGGGCCGUGGUCUCGCCUGCACCGCCUCACAGUAGCUACUACAGCGGCAUGUCCGGACCCCAGCACCCCUUCUACAACAGGCCAUAUUUCCCUCACCACCACCAUCACCUUCACCAGCCGCCACGCCCCCUGGUGGCGGCCUACCCAUCACACCUCCUUCCUCGCAUGCUCGCUAAGAGCGCAGCCCCCCGCGACGCCUCUGCAAGUGGCUCCGCGUCUGUGGUUUCGGCGUCCCCGGCCAUCCUCCUAAGCGCCAUGACAACGGACGGUGUGUGCGAGCGCGUCAGACAACUCCAGGGCAUCGACCACAGCAUGUUGGUUGCUUACACCGCCACCAUCAGGAAGGCCAACGUGAACGGCCGAGUCCUGUCGCAGUGCAACUUGGACGAGCUGAAGAAGGAAAUGAACAUGAACUUUGGAGACUGGCAGCUCUUCCGAGCCAGCGUGCUGGAAAUGCGUCAGGUGGAGAGUCAGGUGCUGUACGAGGAGGCUGCCAGCGAGCAAGGCAGCGUAGCGGGGGUCCAUCCUGAGGUGGGCCGGCGGGCUACGGCACCGCCCCGUACCGGCAACGCCCCCAGCGACAUGUCCCCUAUGUACAGCUUCACUCUGAGCUUCGAUGACCUCAGCACAAUUGGCUUGGACGAGCAGCCGCCACCCAGAUAUGCCAACGCGCAAUGGAUGGGCGGCCCCCAGCGUACCGGCAGCAUCACGAGCCUCAAUUCGCAGGAAUCCAGCAACGACAUCGCCAAACUGACGGAUAAGCAGCAGGCCGAGUACCGAUGCGCCUACCAGGAGUACAUCGCCCAGAUGGCCCAGCUGGAGGGUGGCGGCGAUAAACUGGUCCAGCCCCAGCCUGGACAUUUCAUGACGCCAUCUUUAGACCAGGGCACCAAGGAUGGUGCCGAGCAAGACGGGCGCAAGGCCUUCGCGAGUAAGAGGGGUGGCGGUAAAGCGCCGUCCGACAACACCGACAGUGGCGAAGCACUGGAUCCUAUCACCGAAGAAGAUGAAAAAGGAGACCAUGGCUCCUCCAAGUUCUUACUGGCCCGCAAGACCUCAGCAGACCGAGGCAGCCUUUUCCCAGGUACCAAGGCAGGUGGUGGUGGCAGUCUGCGCUACCAGAAGCUAACCAGCGAUGACGAGGAAUCCGAGGAGUCCGACACCCUGUUGCUGAAAGACGGGAAGGCGGCGGCUGAGGCCAAAGUGGCCGGCUGCUCCCUGGCCCUGAAGGGGAAGGAUUACUUGUCAGAUGCCACGUUGGACAAGAAGGACUCGUCCGACUCGGGCGUGCGCUCCAACGAGAGCUCGCCCAACCAUUCGCUGCAGGAUGAGGAAGCUGACCUGUCGCAGACGGAACGCGCCGACUUGAUCCAGCUAAACGAGGACGGCACCGCCCGGAAGCGAGGCCCCCCCGCAGCCCUCCCCGCCGCCCUCCAGGACCCCACCGAGACCCGCAUGUCCAUCUGCAGCCCUGAGGAGACCUGGCCCGCUGCCAAGACCUGGAACCUAAACCGCACACCGAGCAGCGUCACCCUCAACAACAACACCAACGCUCAGCAAGGGGAGCACCCUUGCCAGACGCCGCACACCAACACCGCCUCCCCCGCCAGCGACGCCAUCAUCCCGCCCACGUCCAGCACCACCACCACCACCCGGCCGGGCCCCAACAACGAGAACGUGCGGGUAGUCCACCUGAAGAGGGGCCUGAAGCCAGGAGAUCCUCCGGAGGUGUGCACCCUGGCAGCCGAUGUUGUCACCUUCGGAGAGGAGCGGGAGAGCAUCCUGUGACCAAUGGCAAACCUGCAGCAUCAUGUGACUCAUGAUUAGGGUUGCAAAAUUUUAGGAAUUUUCAAAGUUGGGAACUUUCCAUGGGAAUAAUCAUGAAUUUACAAAAUUGAACGUUGGCUCUCAAGAAGGAACUGAAAUACAGUGGACCCCGCUAUCCGCGGGGGAUAAGGACAUUGCCUCACCGUGUAUAGAGAAAAUCUGCGAAUAAUUGACGCUCAUUAUAAUUGCCAUGAAAAAAACCCACUUUUUUCUUCUGAAAAAUGUGAAUAUAGCAGUGGAUUAGGAAAAAAAUACCACAAAUAAUGGGAUAAUUUCCCACUAAAAUCUGCAAAUUGCUGAAUCGCUGACCCGUGACUAUGCGGGUGAUCCACUGUAAAGUUGGGGGGGGGGGGGGGAUACAUUGGACAUAAUCCAGACUAAAACAAGCAGAUUGCCUGCAAGUACAGUUGUGGUACCUGGAUUUUCGGGUGCCCCGACUUGCGUUUUUCAAGUUACGAGCUUUCGCCAGGUCGAUAUUUUUUAGCUUUGUGCUCUGAGCCAAAAUUUGCGUUGCGCAUGAGUUUUAAAAAAAAAAUUAAAAAAAAUUGCAAUUAAGGUUCUGUAAUUCGUGUGUGGGCAAGGAGAGGCAAGGUUUUGUAUGCAUGUUAUAUUUAUGCUUGAAUGUGAUACCAGGCUUCAUUUUACCCUAAAUUCUCAUAGCUUCCCAUGGAGAGUUUUCAAUUUGGAUUAUUUCCAAAAUUCCCCAGCUCAACGUUCUGUAAAUGUUCCACACCUCUGCAACCCUUCUCAUGUUUGGUGUUUUUGUGUGUAGACGUGAGCUAACUUGUUGUGACACCAAAUUCGUGCUUGAUGUUGUUUAUGUCAGCGGUCCCCAACCCCCAUGCCCGGUCCAUGGACCAUUUGGUACUGCACAUCAAGACUGAACAAAAAAAUGAUUGAUCAUCAGUCUGAAAAUUUAUAUUUUGAAAAUCUGCACCUUGGUGCACGUCAAACUGCUCGUCUUGGCGCUGGUAGAAAAAAGAUGACUGCCAAAAAGAAAAAUUACUCUAAAAUGGGAACGUCCCAUUAAUUACAACUACAUUUAGUGUAAAGAUGCCGAUCUGGCAAAGUAUUGCUUCACGUGAAACUGGGCCAUGGUGCAAAAAAAAGGUAGGGGGUUUAGAUGUUUUAUGAAAAUUGUUGUUUUAAAACCUAAGGUCAACAUGUGCUGAAACUUGAUGUUUACAAACAUUUGGGAUUAACAGGCAGUCUGCCCAAUGUCGUGUUCCCUUCACUUUAGCCCCGCCCUCUGUGACUUGAUGGAUGUGAUGAACAACUCAAGAUCUUACUGACAUAACCAAUAAGUAUUUCUAAAAUGUCAAUGUUAGCAACUAAUGAAGUACAGUAUCAGUAUAAUGUGCAUGUCAUGAAGUAGAAAAAAAAGGUGCAUGAAGAUGUGACGUAUUUAAGAAUAAAAAUGAGAUUGAGUUGCAUCCGA